CCCACCCGCCCCGAUGAUGGAAAGGCGCACGUCUAGCGUCUGCGGGUUUGGAGAAGGAAGCAUCGUUGCGAACCACACACUCAAUCACUCAACCCUCCCUUUUUCUCCCACUUCAAAGCCAUUGACCGCUCAUGUGGAUAGCGAAACGGAUGGCGUCAACCAAUAUUGGGUCCUCGCCCGCUCUCACAUUCGAGCUUGUUGCUCGCUGCUCAACUACAAGAGCUCGCGCAUCCAUCCUGACGCUUCCCCAUGGCCCGGUUCACCUCCCCAUUUUCAUGCCCGUCGCGACGCAAGCCUCGCUCAAAGGCUUGACCCCCGAACAGCUCGAAGAAACCAGUUGUCGCCUGUGCCUCAACAACACCUACCAUCUCGGCUUGAAGCCUGGACAAGAUGUCCUCGACGCUGUCGGAGGCGCGCAUAAGCUCCAGGGAUGGAAGCAUAACAUUCUGACAGAUAGCGGAGGCUUCCAGAUGGUGAGCCUGCUCAAGCUGGCAAAAAUCACCGAAGAGGGCGUGCGCUUCCUCAGCCCCCACGACGGCUCGCCGAUGCUUCUCACUCCUGAGCACUCCAUGUCCCUGCAGAACUCGAUUGGGAGUGACAUAAUGAUGCAGCUCGACGACGUUCUCGUUACCACGUCCCCCGAUGCCGCCCGCAUGCGCGAAGCCAUGGAGCGCAGCGUAAGGUGGCUCGACCGCUGCAUUGCGGCGCACAAGAACCCCACGACACAAAACCUUUUCUGCAUCAUCCAGGGCGGCCUCGAUCUCGAAAUGCGACGAGAAUGCACACGGGAGAUGUUGGCGCGCGACACCCCCGGAAUUGCCAUAGGCGGGCUGAGUGGAGGUGAAGCCAAAGCGGAUUACUGCCGUGUCGUUGAGACUUGCACGGAACUGUUGCCCGACCUCAAGCCUCGCUACGUCAUGGGUAUUGGGUACCCCGAGGACUUGGUCGUAAGCGUCGCACUCGGAGCAGACAUGUUUGACUGCGUUUGGCCGACGAGGACGGCGCGGUUCGGCAACGCGAUCACCAAAAACGGCGUCAUUAAUAUUCGAAACUGGCGGUACGAGAACGAUUUUGGCCCCAUUGAGGAAGGAUGCGGCUGCCUGUGUUGUCGAAAGGGGGAAGGCAGCUUGGGCGUCACCCGAGCCUUCAUCAACCACAACGCCGGCAAGGAGACGGUGGCCGCCCACUUGCUAAGCAUACACAACGUGUGGUACCAGCUGAACUUGAUGAAGGACAUACGUCAAGCCGUGAUCGAGGACAGAUUCCCAGCCCUUAUCAGACGGUUCUUCGGUGAUCUGUACGACGAUGACAGGUCCAAAUACCCGGCUUGGGCUGUAGAGUCUCUGAAGAGAGUGGGGGUUGACUUAAUAAACGAGUAAACUCCUUUCCGCCGACUCACGAGAACUGAGUCCUUUCGCUGAGUUGGUUGUUGUUUCGAAACUGGUGAUCGAUGACGUGAGGAUGGCAUAAGCCGGUUUCUUGUUCGUUAUGCGCUUCGUCUGGCGAUGUUGCAUAUGAAGACAGAGGUAAUCUGACUGUAAUGAAUGAUCUGCGAACCCUCUUCAACUUGGAGACGUUGAUGACGGUUGACAUGUUGCUAGGACAGAGUUGGUCUCUGGCGGCUGUUGCCAUGAAUGAGAUGCCAUAGUUGGAAGCUGGCCUGAUGAUAACAGGUCUUUUCGUGGGUACCUCGCGCUUGCAUAGCAAACUGUGGCAAGUGAGCAGCCGGCAUUGACAUGUAUCAGUCCGGCUGCCAUUUCGAAUCACAUGAAUGCCACCAUGGGUUUGGAUGUUUGCCUUCAUUCGCGCUCCUCGCUUGGAGAAAGAGAUCUACUAGGCUCUCGAGAAUUACAGCCAGACUCGGAUGAUAAUUGAAGCGAGACUUUUCUUUUCUUUAUAAGGACUUUGUUAUAGACCGGUUUACAAAAUCUUAAAGUCAGG